UUAACCAUGGAUUCUAGCAAGGGAAGUAGCAACGGUUCUCCAAAGAAAAGACUUAUCCUCAUUGCUGCAGCCAUUAUAAUGUCACUAGUCUUAGUUUCAUUCUUAUGGGGCAGAAGGACAUUGAAUUAUAAACCACCAGAAUCUGUUCUUCCUUUUAAUAACAUAGAUAGUGCUAAUAGCACUCAACCCAGCAAAGAAGAGCCAAGUACUCAUGAGUCGUUCAUCAACCACACUAUAAACUGUGAGCUGCAAGUCAAUGGUGAAGUUAAUGGUGACAAGAAGAAUUUAUCAGUUGUAAUACUUGGAGGAAUGAGUCAAAUUGGUAUGCAGUUGGCAUUGUCACUGAGUAGUUUGUCAUCAGUCACUGUAUUAGAGGAUUUGUUAAAUGUUGACUCUGAUCCUAUGAAGUGGGAUCGAUGGACUGAGCUUGUAAAUAAUAAACAUAUCAAUGCCUUUAUCAUUGAGUUUAAAGAUGAAGCUAAAUUGCAGGCAGAACUUAAAAAGGCAUCACCUUCAACAAUCAUAUAUGUACCAACACUACUCUUGCAUCCGGUGAAUUUAGGACCCGGUAAUGUAACUCACAGUGCAAGCUAUGGAACUAUCAUCAUGAAAUUGUUCCUACGUGUCAUUGAAGUUAUCAGAAGGGAGUUUAAAUCACAGCUCCUGUUUCUUUCUGUUGGAAACAAAGGAAACGAUUACAAAAAAUUAAAUUUUAUUUAUAGACAAUGGUUCCAGUCAUUAGAGAAUGUUUUUAAUGCAUACCGAAACUUGCACUCAGAGUUUUCGGGAUCAGUCAUAAAGCUACCACCGUUCAUUGGUGAGUGGAGAGAUCUUAAUGCACCCCUACCAGUCAAUGGGGAUAACCAGUGGUACAUCAAAGAUGUCAUUAAAGUAUUAGAGAACAUAAUAAUGUCUCGAAAUGACAAGAAUUGUUCAUUUUAUUCAUUUGACUCUCCUUCAGCUCUUUCAUUAAAGAGAACAAAGUAUAGUGAUGCUAUUAGACACAUCAGAAAGUGGGAAGAGAAGUAUACUAGCGACUUAAGAGCUUCAAGAAAUUUCACCAUUGGCGCUUACUUUUCACAUUUAACUGAUAAUUUUUAUCACAGGAAAGUUUUGAAUAACAGAUUCUCAUACAUGCAAAAAUGGAUAAAAAGCAGCUACAAGUUUGGACUUCAGAGCGUAAUAUUUCACGAUAACCUACACCCAAUGUUUGUAGAAAGGAUAAUAGAAAAAUUUAAUAAUCCCAAACCCAUUUUUUUGAAAGUAAAAUCGAGGAACAAGAAAUCGCCCAACGACCAAAGGUUCUAUUUUGUGUACGAAUACUUACUAAGGAACAAAGAUGUCAAUAUGGUUAUGGUCAAUGAUGUUAAAGACGUUGAAUUCCUAACUGAUCCAGCACUAAUAAUGAAAGCAAUUGGGGACUACUUUUACGUUGGGAAAGACACUGGAUUUAUACUAUACACAAACUCAAUACAAAGGAGAGAUUUUCAAAAGUGCUAUGCAAAUGGUAAUGCUUGGAUGAUUGAGGAGUCCAUGAGACUUCAUGGAUUUUUAAACGUCGGAGUGCUUGGGGGGACCAGAGCAUCCAUGCUGGCCAGUCUAGCUUAUUUUGUUCACUGCUUAGAUAGGACUAGCACUGAUCAGUGUUGCUGUGACAUGUCUAUUGCUCAAUACAUUUACCAUACUGUGUAUUUUGAUCAACUUUUUAUUGGCUAUCCCUUUAACAUGGCUUUCAAGAAUGGGGAGCCGGGACCAUUUGGAAUGGCAGUUAAGCAUAAAGAUACUUUUGAAGAAAUUUAAAAUAAGCAAUUAAUUUUAUUUUCAAAAAUUGGGAAGUUAUUAGAAUCAUAAAUAAUUAUCAUUAUAAGAUACAGUACUUUUGUCUCCAUGCAUGCGUCACGUGCUAUUCAAGAAUUACUUUUAAUGCGUUGUGAUAAUGUAAGAUUAUGAAUUGUGUUUUAGUCAAUCAAUGAAA